CUCGGAUAUUGCGAAAAAAAAAAACGCGCGUGUUAGUCAUUUAAAUAGUUAGUUAGUUACUUAUUUUGUUUAAAGUUCAUAAAUUUAUAUUGAAAAGUGUAAGGCAAUAAUAACUGAAACGGACUAAUGCAAGAUAUUCCACAAAGUGACCAACGGACUGUCAGAUUAGAUCUACUAACGAUCCAAAACAAUUAUGAAUAACAACAGAACUGGAAAUGCCCGCGGGCGCGGGAGACCAAAGAAACGACAGUUUCACCAGAAAAAGGAAGGAAGACCAGAUGAUGUGAUUAAAAAGGAUAAGUAUAUGGUUGCUCAGUCUACCACACAGGAAAGUAUAGAAAUAUCCAAUGCUAAUACAAAUGUAAAUAAAACAACAACAACAAUUUUAACUUUAGAAAAUUUGCUUACUCUUGGCCCAAUUAAUGUUUUGUCCGUCACAACUGAGUUUGGUCUACAGGAUUCUGUUUUUGGACCCUGGGAGUAUAAAAAUGCAAGAAACUGCAUCUUAAAGUAUACCAUUCAAGGCUCAGACAUCAGUCAUACAAUUCGACUUGAUAGCCUGUUAACAAGAGGAAUACCAAGUACUGAAAGAUCAUCCCUGGCUUUCCGUUGGUAUUCAUGGAUUCGUUUGAAGGCCAUUGCAAAUCAAAAAAAUUUACCAAUAAACUCAGUGCUGACGAAUGAGGGUCAAUUUCUUUCACUUCUACACGAAGUAAAUCUUUAUUACACUAAAUCUUCAAAAGUUUGUAGAGAUGAAGGCUUAGAGCCAAAUCGUGGACCACAAUCCCAUGAAGAUGCUUGCAAUUUAGAGCGCCUUCAUUAUUAUGGAAUGGGCACAAUAAAAUACUACAGAAAAACAACUUUCUUGCAGCUAGUUGCAAAAAGAUAUGGAGAAAAUGUUAAGGCUGAAUAUUUGGUAGACCCAACUACACGACUCAUAAGUUGCACAGACUAUGAGGAAAUAUUAAAGGACGUUCAUUCAGAAAUUAUCCACCAUUAUUCAAGACACGAGAAGUUGUUAAAGAACUUUGCUGGGCCUCAAUGUAAUGAGGAUCGUCUUAAUAAUGAAAGGAUCAACUUUGAUGUCAAAUUUACAUCUGCCUCUUCUAAGGCAAAACAGGAACUUAAGACAGACUCCGACUUGCCUUUACAAAAAGUAAUAGAACCAACAGAAGCAGACACGAGCGAAUUUUAUCUUAGAAAAUGCAAUCUUUGUAGCAAAGUCAGGUGGUUAGGAAAGAGAGCAGCUGAAAAGUUUAUCUUGGGCUCAUAUGUAUAUGGUAACCUUCAUAAACAAGUACAAUUCUCCUGCAAUCUGCUUCAUGGCACUUCAUGUGAUGAGGAAAAUGACAUUAUUCCUCUUCCAUGUUCUGAACAAAGUCCACAACUAUGGGUAGCAUACAACAGUCUGCACGAGUCAAAACUUACACCAGUUGCUUUUGUGUUGAAAACAAUAAGCGAAGUUAGUGCAGGUGUUGAACAUGUUCAGAUAAUGGCAAAAUAUGCAUGCACGAGUCAAGAAUUUGACAUAAUCAAAGGCAAGGCAGUAUACACUCAGUCUCUGCCUUCGGCAUGUGUGAAGUUUGUUCAAUCUUUGACUACUGGUCGAUUUAAGUCUUGUAAAGAAAUACCUACUUUGAAAAAAGGAAAGCUUAAUAUAAUGAAACCACGCGAAGCUCUUGUUUGUCAAUCAUGGUUAGAUCAUAGCGAGCUGUCAUCUGAAGACCCAUCUGCUCAGCACACUGUCCUAAAUCUAAGUGGAAUUCGUGAUCUCCAUGCAACAUAUGGUGCCAUGAAGAUGAUCCAUUGCUCUCAAUGUGGAAUGUGUUCACCUGGCUUUGAAGCAGAUGCAGCUAAUUGUAUAAACGUCCCUGAAGCUGGCCAACAGAUUCCACUGUCAAACUCUUUUCUUCUGCAAGCUUUAAAGCAGUCUCGGGUCUUAGCAGGGUCUAGUGUCACUCUCGACUCAGCAUUUUCGAGUGCUAGAGUUUAUAAUGAUGAAACAGUAACAGGGGUAUGUACAAAUUGUUCAAAAUUUUGUAAAAUUGAUGAUGGAAUUGUAACAUUGCUGCACAAAAAGUCUGCUGCUGAAGAGAGUUCUCAGGGAACCACUGUUGAUAGUCAGCAAUCUAUUGAUGACAAUAUUUCAAAUAUAAACCCUUACGGUCCUGAAAAUCUGAUGGCUCUUGAUGUUUUUCAAGAUGAGGCCUCAUAUCAGCAUGAAAUGUUCAUGGACACUUUAUCUCAGGCUGAAAAACUUGUUCUGUCACCGAUCCAUGCUGUAAUAGUUAUAUUGCGGUCUCGAACAAAUAAUAUCCUAUUCUCCAGAUAUGGCUCAAUAUCUUUUGCGAUAAAAGAACCAGUCAAAACUAAAGCUCUUCCAUGGCACACUUUCCAAAAGUUACCAUUUGUUAUCAUGGUCUCUAAGCAAGAAGAUGGGAGCAUUAAUGAAGCUAAAAUUAAUAUGGCAAAGAUUGUUCAUGCAAAAGAGCUUAUGGAGCGUGAAGUGACUUGUCCUGUAUAUGGUACCAAAAGACCAUUUUACAGGUACUGUGAUAAGGUUCAUACACCUUUUACAGUAGCUGCCAUGGAGAAUCUAGCAAGUCAGCUAUCAGAUACAAGCACAGCUGUUUACCCAAAUGGUUUAAGAAAAAUCAAUGUUGAGCUGAUCCAUGAGCGUGCUUCUAAAAGAUUAACUAUUCAGCUGUUCUCUGAAUGGAUAAACUCUGGUUUUAUUAUCGGAAGUGGCAUAAAAGAUGCGAUUCUAAUUGAAAAUCAAAAAGCCACAUCCAGCUGCCUUAACAUGGAACAAAUUGCAAAUCUAAUAUGGAACGAUCUAGCAAAGUUCAUACUAGAGAGUCAAACUAAUGACAAACUUAACCAUGAUGAAGAUCCAAAUGAAACCAUAAAAAUAACACUCACUGAUGUUGUCUUGUACGGUGUUCAGAGGAAAUGGCUCAAUCCUAGCACAGAUGUUUCAAAUGCAUCACAAAAAAACAUUGAACAGGUAUUAUUACCUGAAGAUGAAUUAAAAAACCUAACCUACCUAUGUUGUGAAGAAGUAGAACUUCUCCUAAGGGAGAGCAGCAAUGAUGAAGGAGAUUCAGGUAGUGUUGCACAGGGUGGAGUUUCUAACUUGUCUGAAAACCCAGAGCAAAUUCUCAAGAAUGGAAUGCAAAACACAGUGUUACAAAGGAUCUCAGCACCAGAUGUGGACCGUCAGAACCCUGUUGCUGAGGAUACACAAGGAUACCUACAAAUGGCUUUCCCGGAUGUCUUCCUCACUGGUGAUGCAUGUCCACACCAAGAACGUCCUCGUAGCAUUAAAAAUAAAUCAGGCAGCUACAAAUUUGCUUACCUGUAUUGGGUAUGCGCACAAAAACGAGCGAUGGUCAAUACUGAGCUUCAAUUUCUAGUUCAUAGCAUGAUUAAACGAGAACAUAGCAAGGGAAAGGCCAAGCUCGCUCUGAAAAGUGAUGCCUUUGAAACAACUGGAAUACCUGUAAAAGAGGAUUUAAUGCAAAAUGCAGAGCUUCGUGACUGGACUGUAUCAAACCUAAUGAUGUUCAAGUCCUCAAUACCGGAUACAGCUCCAUUCUGGAAAAGGUCAAGGGAUGAUGCAAUAGCUGUUCAACGGGAUUGGGAAGAAAGUGUUCCUUGGCGAAAAGACAAAAUGCCAAUGUCAAUUAUGCUGUUCCAGACUCGUGCUCCACCGUAUAACCAUCACCCGGCAAUUCACAACGUCUGUCCAGGUACAGAGACCCUCUCCAUCCAGAGUGACCAAGAAUUUUUGGAAGGUCGGCGAAGAAACGUACUACAGUAUCCAAGCAUCGUAUCGUUUAUGUGCGCAUUGAUGGCAGAGCUGGACACAACGUUUUUAUCUAGAAUCAGAUAUGAUGGUGAUGCCUAUUUUACACGGUUUGAAUGGGGUGCAAAUGCCAAUCCACAUGCUCAUAGGCUGUAUUUUAGUCGUGAAUUCAGUCAGCACAUGGACAGCUUGAAACUAAAUAUACAAAACUGCCUUCAGAGUGCCAAAGACGAAUGUUUAAAUACUGGCCAAGAUCUCGACAAUCCUCUUGUUCAGGACACUAUCCGUACUAGGUUUGAAUGUAACGACAAAUGGUUUAAUGGUCAUGAUCCUUUUGAGAUUCUGCAUUUUCUUAGCAAUGCUGAUGACAAAGCUGUUGUGCCAGAGUUUCUCAGAAAUCCUCCAGUAAUAGAGAUUCAUCCUCAGACGAAGAUCUCGAAGAAAACCAGCAAGCUUGUGCAGUAG